AUGGUCUGUCGCUCUUUAGCUCCGUUCGUGGUUCUUGUCACAACGCUCUUUUCCUUGCAAGUGCAAUGCGGUCCAGUGGUGUUUGAACAGCGUGGCAUCUGCGCUACCGAAGACCCAGAUACGUCCUUCUUGGACGCACUCCAGCGUGUCAGAACAGAUGAGACCCAGCUACCUGAAACUGGGUCAGAGGCCCGCAACGGCCCCAUCGAGAUUGAGACCUGGUUCCAUAUCAUCUCCAGUAAAGCAGAGCAAGACCAGGUUUCUGAUGACAUGAUCGAUUCUCAGAUCUCCAUUUUGCAAGAUGCGUAUCAGGAUGCCGGUAUCCAAUAUCGACUGCAAGGCGUCACCCGUCAUGUGAACGAUGUUUGGGCUCGUAACGGAGACGACACAGGCAUGAAGUCAGCCCUCCGGAAAGGCACCUACCGAACUCUAAACGUUUACUUCCAAACCAACCUCCAGGCAUCUCCCGACCAAGCCGGACGUGCCAGUCACCGCGGAGCCUCCCAUUCAAGUGAUCUCUCAUCCAGCGUGCUAGGGUUCUGCACCCUCCCCGAUCCAAGCGUGAACGCCACCAGUCCCCGUGCCGACUACAUCAAAGAUGGCUGCAACGUUCUCGCCAGCGCAAUGUCCGGUGGAACAUUGGACCUUUACAACCGAGGAGGAACCGCCAUCCACGAGAUCGGACACUGGAAUGGCCUUUUGCAUACCUUCCAAGGGGAGUCCUGCGCCGAGGAUAAUCCAGGAGACUACAUCGCCGAUACACCCCAGCAAUCUGUGCCCACUGGCGGAUGCCCUGCUCGAAAGGACUCUUGUCCAGGUUUGCCGGGGCAGGACCCCAUCCACGAUUUUAUGGACUACUCAUCUGACGUCUGUUAUGAGAGUUUUACACCUGGCCAGAAUGAACGUAUGCGAAAUAUGUGGGCAUCGAUGCGUGCAGGGAAAUAG